UCCUCGAUUUCUGAGGAGCGGCGGUCGUUGUUUUUCUUGGGCCAUAUUUCUGCUUAUUUAAGUGUUUUGAAUGGACUUCUUAUUCGCAUUGAACACAUUUAUAUUGCUUAUUUGUGUAGAAAAUGCAUAGUUAAUUAAUAUUGGGUAUCGUAUUUGAAAACAAAUACAAUGCCUCCAAUAAACUCUAAGGGGAAGAGUAGCGCAGAGUACGAGAACAUCAUAGCCAAGAAAUGCACAGCAUUGGACUUUGAAAGCUAUAUUCAAGAAAACAAGACUCUGCUUCUGAAUGAUCCUCUUAGAGACAUUCUUUUAUACCCCUCUGAUGAUGUUUCUAGUGUGGUCCUCCCGCGCCGCUGGCGAACAGUUACAACAGCGGUGCCUGACGUGAGGACUGCCUCCACUUGCCCUCUGCUCACUCGACAGGCCUUGCUCAGCUAUGCUUCCAGUUGGAAUCUUAUACACUUCAAGUAUAAUAAUUAUUCUGGCACAUGUCUCAAUUUACCCAGACCAAUAAAUAAUAAAUUAAUAGAAGAAGUAUACGACAUAGACGCUGAAACGGAAAGCGACAAUGAAGCUCAAGCAGCCAAAGUGGACAUUGGCACCAAAGAAGGCUAUCUGCUCAAAGGGCCCGAAAUCGGCUCAGACAGAAUAUUUAGCAACCUUGCUUCGAAAUCGUUCAAAAAACGCUAUUGCUCAAUGGUCAGAGAAGCUGAUGGUGCUUACAUUCUCGAGGUAUAUAAAGAUGAUAAGAAAACCGAUACGAAGCUCACUAUCGUCAUGGAUUUUUGCUCCGACGUUGUCAAAAACCCAAAGCGUGGACGCCACUGUUUCGAGUUACGUAUGUCCGGAGGAAAAGGUUACACAUUCUCAGCAGAUAAUGAGGAGGAAAUGAAUGAGUGGAUAACUGCAUUUAAUGCGGCUUUGAAGAAGAACCAGGAUUGUCCAGAAAUGAACCAGGAUGAGGCAUUAGACAAAGACGCAGAUGUCUCACUGACAGCAGAACCGCCACCUCCAACCUACGGAACUCUCAAAGGCCUCGAGCACAGCAUGAACCCGCUCCUAAUGCGGUACUCCAGAGAGACGGACAUGUCCAUAGCAGCGGCGCGCAACGAGUGUCGCGCUAACAUAUUCAGCAUGCCGUACAAGCGAACGCCCUCGCCUGAACCACAGCUGGAACCAUUCAAAGAACACUUCGGCCAAAAAAUACUGCUCAAAUGCGAAAGCUUAAAAUUUAGGUUACAAGCGCCAAUAGAUGGCGAUAAAGAGCUCUUAUGCCAAGUAGAACCUUACUUCACUUACCUCGCUCUAUACGACGCAAGGAGUGGCAAGAAGUUAACGGAGAACUUCCAUUUUGACCUGAACCAUGCGGCGGUGAAGGAUCUAGUCAAGGACGUCGAGGAUACCAACUCGCUGGUCGAGAACUUUAGCUACGAUGUCAAGUUAGAUGUUAAAUUGAUCCCGGAGGAAUGGUUUAGAUCGAAGAGACAGGUCCUAUUGUCAAUUAACAAUCCCCAUCCAGACCUGUUCCUAGUAGUGAAAAUUGACAAAAUCCUGCAAGGUCAUGUCAGUCAAGUUCUGGAGCCCUACCUCAAAGCCACCAAGGACCCCCGCCUGGGACUCAAAGUCCACAAAACCGUCCAGUCGUACGCCCACCGUGUUGGAACCUAUAGGAUGCCGUUUGCAUGGACUGCAAAGCCGUUAUUUAAGUUAUACAGCAACGAUUUGGACACCACCCCCGAAUUUUCCGCCAUUUAUCGUCAAGAACCGAACAAAAUGUCGGACGAUGAUUUGAUAAAGAUCCUGUCAGAUUUCCGGAAGCCGGAAAAGUUGGCAAAGUUGAGUACAGUACCGGGUUGGCUCAAUAUCAACAUUUCGCCUAGCAGCGAACAAAUACCAAACUGUAUGACAACAGCAUACGCAGCACUCAAGCCAUUUCCAUUGCCCCCUGCCUCGCCACUCACCCUGGAAUUAGCCACACUCAACAUGGAGCCAGAACAGCCGUAUGCGGCCUUCAUACACCACUUGUAUGUCAGGCCUCUGUCGCUGAACUUCGAGUCGCAGAAAAUGUUCGCUCGAGCGAGGAAUAUCGCCUGCUCUAUUGAGUUGAGGGAGAGUGAUACGGGCGACAAUAAGCCCUUACAGGCGGUUUACGGGCGCGCCGGCAUGACGACGCAGUACCGGUGUUCAGUGCUGCACCACAACGCCAACCCCUCGUGGAGCGACGAAGCCAAGAUCCGCCUACCAGCCACCAUCACUCCAAACCAUCAUCUGCUCUUCACGUUCUACCACAUAUCGUGCGAUUUGACUAAGAAGAAUGACACUAACGUUGAGACUUGUAUUGGGUACGCAUGGGUGCCCUUACUGAAGAACAAUAAGUUUGUGGACGAGAUCGUGAAUCUGUCUAUCGCUACGCAUUUGCCGUCGGGUUAUCUGUCCAUCCAGCCACUCGGACUUGGUAAAGGGAACGCAGGCCCCGAAGUAAUCUGGGUGGAAGGCGAAAAGCAACUCUUCCGCUGCCAACUGGUGCUAGACUCCACCGUAGCGACCCGUGACACCCAUCUACACAACUUGUUCUUGCAAGCGGAGCGCCUGAUCAAAACCAACUCCCCACCGACGUCACCAUCGCCGCCGCCGUGGAAUGACGUCUGCAAUGCUUUGAAAGCCGCGCAUGCGAUCAAAUUGAGUGCGUUAGUAGCCUUCUUGCCGACGAUAUUGAACCAGCUGUUUGAGUUGAUGACGGUAGGUAAAAGCUACACACAAGAUAUGGGCUAUCAGAUUGUCAAGUUGAUUGUGCAUUUUGUGCAUAUGAUUCACGAUUAUGGACGGAAAGAUUUACUGGAUAGCUAUGUCAAGUACGUGUUCAACUGCGUAGAGUUCAAACUGCACACAGUAUUGACGGCGCCACUGUACGUGUUCGUGGACCCGAAUCAGCAAGACUUCCUACUGGGGCACAAGUUCAUGCAGUACUCAAGUUUCUUCUUCGAUAUUAUCACCAAAAGCAUGGCGCAAUAUCUUAUUAACACUGGAAGGAUUAAGAUGUCUCGAAACGAAAGAUUCCACGCUGAUCUCUUGGACAACAUUGAAAAAUUGGUCACAACCGUUGAGCCAUCAUACAUUCUGCAACAGCCCUUGCAGACUCACAUAUUUAACAAAAAUCUUGCCUUAUUUCUUAAGUCUUGCCUGUCGUUUAUGGAUCGUGGCUUCGUGUUCCGCCAAGUCAAAACAUACUUAGACAAGUUCAAACCGUGCGAGCCUAAAGCGCUGUUCGAGUUUAAAUUCACGUUCCUCCAAACUAUAUGUUCGCACGAACACUAUGUGCCAUUCAACUUGCCAUUGCACUCAAACAAACUAGGAAAAGAUAUGGAUGAAGACCCAGCAAAAUUAAAACUGUCUGAGGAAUUUAUUAUGAGGCACUUUCUCUCAGGAGUAUUACUAAAACAAGUGGAGCAAUCCCUCCGAGAGGCACCUCAAAAACGGCGCACGGCACUGGGCGUGCUUCGCGCCUUACUCACGAAGCACGAGCACGACGAUCGCUACCGAUCGCGGCAGUGCCGCGCACGCCUCGCGCAGCUAUAUGCGCCCUGGCUCACUGUUGUGCGAGACAACGCCCACCGUCUAGUUACCAAAACACUAGCCAGUCCAGUAUUAGAAAAUGGUCAUGAUAAAGUCGACGGAGACGCGACCGUCAACCCUAUCAUCAACAACUCCAGUAAAGACGUUGCUUCAGCGAACAAUACGCCUCGAAGAAACCGACUCACUCUACACUUUGACCACACGCCAGUAAGGAAUUCUGCACAUUUCAAAGAUCCUCCGGUCGUGCAAAUUAACAGUUACGGCAAAGAUCACGCAAACAAUACGUCACAAAGCUCUCUAGAGUCCGUGUCGACCAUGUCGGGCGGAGACGCGCUCCCCAGGAACGCCGGGCGGUUGAACUUGAGCGAUAUCGGGGAUCAAGUUAAUAGAUUUGGUGUGAUGUCCGCGGAGGAGGUGCGCGAUGUGCUUUUGUGUUUCCUGUUUGUGUUGAAGUACCUAGACGAGGAAAGACUCGUGGAAUGGUGGAAGACGCAUACUACGGCGCAGCAGCAAGCGUUUUUCAAUGUUUUAGAAAUAUGCGCAGAACAAUUCCAAUACAUCGGUCGCAAGCGCAUCCUGUCCGAAUUAAAGGCUACCACGCCCGACUGCAACGGCAAGCCGAAGCCGCUUAAAGCAAGAACGUUGCCGGCUAGAAUGAGCCCGCCGGACUUCUCGAAGGAACCGCCUAUUAUUGUCGAGAAGAAUAAUACGGUGAAUAGGGAGAAUCUCGCUACUGCGACCGUUAUCUCUGAGUUAGAAACCAUAGCCGAGCACGCUGUAGUAUCCGCCGGCUGCCUAGCCACCGAGGUCGGCCUCACCAUAAUCGACCGCACCUGCCUCUUCACGAAGAACCUGGGCGUGGCCGAAGGGGCCGCGGCCCGACCUUACUUGAGACUACUACAGUUCCCUCAGAGCGAAACGCUUUAUAAGCACCUGUUUGCUGCCUUGAGGGCUUAUAUCAAUCAAUUCUCGGAGACAUUGUUUGAAGGUGGCAGCGCAUUAUGCGCGGGCGUCGUAAGUGCCGUGGUGAGGUUGUGCGAGGCGCGCGCGGCGUGGCUGCGACGCGAGGCAGCUGCCGCGCUGUACCUGCUCAUGCGUGCCAACUACCAGCACGGCGGCGGCGGCAGCCUCACCCGCGUACACUUACAGGUCAUCAUAGCAGUCUCUAAGUUACUCGACACAUCAACGGCUCUCAACUGCAAACGUUUUCAAGAAUCCUUGUCUGUGAUAAAUUGUUUCGCCACCGGCGACAAGGCGAUGAAGGGUACAGGGUUGUCAACGGAGGUGGCGGAGUUGAUGCGCCGCGUGCGGACUGUGGUCGGGGCGCGGGCCAGACUCGCUGGCGUCGGCGGCAGUGGGGGCGCGGCGGGAGCGGGCAGUGUGCAUUUAGCGGAGCUACAGCACGCGCUGGCCGCAUCGUGCCGCGCGACGCCGCGCUUGCGGCACGCAUGGCUCGCCACUCUGGCUGAGCACAACGCAAGGCAGGGCGACCAUGAUGAGGCUAUGUGCUGUCAACUUCACAUCGCAGCACUGAUAGCCGAAUACCUGAAGCUGCGUGGAAACCUGGCGUGGGGCGCUGACGCCUUCGCCGAGAUCUCCAUGAACAUCCCCAAAGACGAGACCGGGCUCAAAAUAGACGAAGGUAUGACCGACGUCCAAUACAACGAACAAGCUCUUCUGGAUCAGCUGAUGAUCUGCACAGAGUUCGUCGACAAGGCGGAGAGGUACGAACUCCUCGGGCCGCUCUAUCGCCUCAUCAUCCCCAUCUAUGAACGAAGGAAGGACUAUCAAGCUCUCCUCACCUGCUACCAGCACCUCACCAAAGCUUAUGCCAAAGUUAUAGAAGUCACGAACUCAGGGAAACGAAUGCUCGGAAGGUUCUACCGGGUGGCGUUCUUCGGCAAGGCCCACUUCGGGGAAGACGAAGAAGGAGUGGAGUUUAUAUAUAAGGAACCGAAACUGACCUCACUGAGCGAGAUAUCGGAGAAGUUGCAGACUUACUACGAACACAAGUACGGGGCGGAAAAUGUUAAGAUGAUUAUGGACUCAGCGCCGGUAAACCGAUCGGAACUGGACAGCAAACUAGCGUACAUCCAAGUGACGUGGGUGCGCGCGACGCCCUCGGGCGUGGGCGCGAGCGGCGGCGAGGCCUUCGAGCGCGCGCACAACGUGAGGCGCUUCGUGUUCGAGACGCCCUUCACGAGGGACGGCGCCGCCCGAGGGCCCGUGCACCACCAGCGGCUGAGGCUCACCAAGCUUACCGCUGAAAAUGGGUUCCCGUACGUGAAACGGCGCGUGCCCGUGAUCGAAACGCAAGUGGAAGAGAAGAGUCCCAUUGAGGUUGCGGUCUCCGAGAUGGAGGGCCAGGUGCUCGAGCUGACGGAGAUCGUCAACGCCAAAGCACCGGAUAUUAAGAAGUUACAACUCAGAUUGCAAGGCAGUGUGUGCGUGCAAGUUAACGCUGGUCCGAUAGCUUAUGCCAACGCAUUCCUUGAUCCCACUUUGGCUCCCAUGUAUCCGGACGACUUAGUUGACAAACUUAAAGGCACUUUUAAGGAAUUCUUGACAGUCUGUCACGCAGCGCUCCAGCUGAACGCAAAGCUAAUCAGCUCCGACCAAGUAUCGUAUCACGAAGCUUUAGAAGCCAACUACUUGAAACUGAGCGACUCUCUCGCCGCGGUACUGGGGCAACCGCUACACGAUAUACUCGUCAACGGAAACCUUACUACCACCGUCACUGGUGUCGAAUUGGAUUCCAGCAAUGCCUAAAAAAUACAUUUGUAUCAUAUACUAUUUGACAGAAUUAUAUGACAAUGACUUCUAAGUAGCUUGAAAACGAGCGGUAGGCUAAUUAUUAGAUAUUAAGAUACUUGCGCCAAAGAAGCCCCCGGGUUUACCUAUUUUCAAAAUUUCAUAUUUGUAUAAGUGUACAUUAAACAUCGGAAAAAUAAAAAAACGAUCCUUUUUUGGUGCAGGUACCUUAGUUAAACAUAAGGCAGCGAAAAGCAAGGCUAGAGCAGGGGGGUGUCACUUCGCAGUUUAGGUACAUUUGGCCGGCGCGACGCGCCUCCCGGGCAGGCGUAUGGCAGUGGGCUGCCGCUCGACUCGCGCAAAAUUGAAAAUACGACAUAAUACCUUCGAAACCUAAAUCUCUAUCUAACCCGUAUAAAAGAUAUUGUUCUGUUUACGGAUGUCUGUAUAAACGGAAGAACAAGGAAGCAGAAAUAACUUUUUUUUUUAUUCCGGACUAUUAUGACCGACAUAUUUUCAAAGGAAUAAGUACUUCUGUGGCAUACCUACUUCCGUGAGAAUCAGACAUACCAUCUCCAGAUAAAAAAUGUAUGUUUACAGAAUCAACGUUUGUAAUUCCUACAUAUUUAUCUUAAAAAUAAUAAAUCAGUAGGUAUAGGCACAAAAACUUGUCAAGUGACAACCCCGUGCCGACACUCGCAGCUCGGUCAUAAAACUGCGGCGCGCAAAGAAGAUUCACGGUUCGUGCGCGGUUAUAAGUUUCAAUUUGGCUGGCAGGCGGCGAGUAUAGGUAUAAUUGUAUACCUAAAUCUGCCUUUUGUGACGGAGUGAAUUUUCUGUACGGUAGUACUAUUAGUUAUUCUGUGGCUAGAGAAAGUGAGAUGUUAGAUAGUAAUGACAAAUGCUGGAGGUGAUCUGGUCAGGAUAUUUCUAGUUAAAAUUUUAUAACGCAAUUAGCCUUUCGGGUUUUAAUGGUAAUGUUCUAAUGUUUCAGGUGAUUAUAGUCGAAAUUAUAUUUAAUAUUCUUAUAACUAUUAUUUAUUCUAGAUAUGGAUAAUCAAAUCCCUCUUAGUUAGCGAUACUCUACGUAAUUCGAACAAAAUUUUAUUCUAAAUAGGUGUAAAUGGAGAAAUAGACAUUUUGACUUUUAUUUGGUUGUAUGGAUGAUGUAGUUACUAGUAGAAUAUUGUUUUGACUUUUAUUUCGUGUUACGUAUGUCUACCGUAUUCGUUUUCAUUUUUAUUUAUUUAUUUACCAAAAAUAAUACAAAAUACAUGCUCAUACAAUUAACCUCAUAUAUAGUCAAUUAAAAGUUCCAUCCUUUAUCCCGUAAUUGACGCCAUAAAUAAAACUUAAGCAUUUUUGCUACAAAAAGUUCAAAAACUUCUGUGGUCAAACUUAUGACAAGUUGCAGUCUUUUAAUUAGGUUAGUACAUUAUUAAAGCUAGUCCGCAGACGCAGUGCUAGUAUUAGUACAUUAUGAUACAAGUGUGCUAAGUUGCUCAUUACACACGAGGCGAUAUAAGAAAGCCGAUGUGUGUAAUGACCAAUGCACACGCGUUUCAUACGACGUUUUUCAACACACUUGCGAGUAAAACAAGAAACUUUCAUAUUAAUCAAAUUUUAAUAGUUAAAACAGUUAGUAUUGUGUGUUUCAUCUGUCAUACUCGUACUGCCGGCCGGCCCUCGCUCGCCCCGGCCGCGGGCGGCGCGGCGGGCGGGCCGGCCGGGCCGCGCACUGCGCAGGCGCGAGGAGCGCGCCGGUGCCCGCCAGUCUGACCAAUUAAAGAAGGCUCCCUUUCUAUGCAUAUUAUUAGCAAUCAGUUAGCUUCUUAACUCAGUCGGAUAAUAUAAUGAAAAAGCACGAGUGGAAUAAUACACUGAAAGAGCACGCGUGUUUAAUAUCUAGGAUUAUGAGCCAAAAAUCGGUGGAAUAAAAACGUCGUUUUGAGCAAGUGUGUUGAAAAUAAUAUUACAUACAAUAGGUGCCAUUAAUCCAUUUCAUAGUCAUAAAAUCCAAACUUGAACACAAACGAAAUACACGCAUUUCAUACUCUUAAAUAACUCUUAAUAGGGCUAAGCCCUGAAGUGAUUAUCAUAGCUAGGUAUGUCCGUAGUUAGUAAUUUUGUAUAUGUCCCUAUCUUUGUAAAUCUCUAUGGAUAUGAUGGACGGAGUUAUCCUCGUGAUAGCGAUAAUGAUUGCGUCUGUAUUUUUCUAUCGCGGUAUUAAAAAGCGACAGUUGCUUUGCCACAUGGAUGACAGCGCCCAUCAUAUGCCUGCUGGAGGCAGUGUGGAGGAGUUACAAUGUCCCUAGAUACAUUUCUGCUGUCGAUGGCAAACUUUAUCCCAAAGAAACACAUGUCAUGAUUCAUGAUUUUAUCUGACGCUGAAUAGUCUGAAUUGUCACAUACCUUACUAACAAUCAUAUCUACAUAAUUAUGAUAACAGCUGAACUAUAACUUAAGAUGAAAUUCAAACGUAAAAUUUUUGUACUAGUACCUAGUGAGAGAAUAGGCAACAGGUACACAAAAAACCGGCCAAGUGCGAGUCGGACUUGCGCACGAAGGGUUCCGUAACAUUACGCAAAAAACGGCAAAAAAAUCACGUUUGUUAUGUGGGAGCCCCCCUUAAAUAUUCAUUUUAUUCUGUUUUUAGUAUUUGUUGUUAUAGCGGCAACAGACUACACCAUCUGUGAAAAUUUUAACUGUCUAACUAUCACGGUUCAUGAGAGAUCACGGACAGCGGAGUCUUAGUAAUAGGGUCCCGUUUUUACCAUUUGGGUACGGAACCCUAAAAAUGACCACAUUGCUGAUUUCAAUAUGACGACGAUUUGUAAUAUCCUAGAAGCGUCUUUUCGCUCUAAAUACUGCUAAGCUCAAAAUUAUCAUUCAGACUGAAUAUUACCUCCGAAGAAGACAUGUCAAUAUUUCAAACUGCUCUUUUUCACAUUUUUGUAUAACAGCUAUGUCAUCUGUAGGUAGCUACAGAGUACAGUAGGUACACUAGCAAAAUAUAGAUGUAAUUUAACUUCUAAAUAUGUGUAACAUAUAUACAUAGUUAUAUAAACAGUGUGAUAAUAUAUCCAGAUUGUAAUAGUCUGGUUCUCGAAAUCCUGCAUAAAAUUUGUCUUGAUUAAGCAGAAUACAGGAGUUAAAAGUGAUUGCCAGAUGGUUUUAAUAGAUUUGAUUAUCAACCUUGCCUCAAAUAAAAUAAAGACUAGGUACAUACAUUUAAAUCACGCCACCGAAUGACAUGAUGCUUAUAAUAUUUACCUUAUGACUAAUGCAAUAAGGUAGUAAGUAAAUCAUCUGUCAAUCACAGGUAAACACAUUGUAGUAGGAAGGUUAUGCGACACGUUAUUAUGGACUUAAUUUUAAACAAAGAUUUAUGCAUGUUUAAUUUAUUUUGUUAGUAACUUAAGGCUGAAUUCAUUUAUUUCUGUCUACAAAACUCAUUGAAGUAAUAGUUAUUAUCUUAUUCCUAAGUUUCUAGAAUAAAGAUUUAUUAAUAUUUCUUAUAUUAAUAAAUCUUUCACAUAGUGAGAUGAAGAAUUUAUGAUUGUAUGUAACUGAUUUUCUCACUUUAUCACUUUCAUUCCAUAGUAUAUCUAAAUAUAUAUGUUGUUUUUGUUCAUUAUUGCGAGAAUUAAUUAAUAUAGUGAAAGGAAUAUCCUUAGAUUUUUGCAGUUUGUAUUUAUUACGAUUGAACAAUGUAUUGAUUUCUGUUAUAGCAAUAAUCCCUCCGCGUUUUGCGUACACGCAUCCCCUUAAAUUAUUACUAUUUAAUAAGAUUAUCUUUUCAUUAUUACUUGUAACAAUUUAUGCACAAACUAUUGUAUCUUCCUAUAAAAUUAAUCAGAAUUUUACUGUUUUAAUACAUUUUAUAAAACCAAAAAA